AUGCUCCUGUUGUCGGGCCGCAACGACAUCAACAGCAGCGGUGGAACGGCCCAGCAGCAGCAGUUUAAGACAGCGGGGACCAUCUCAAAUCACGCGGGCGCAACACCAACGGUGGGAGCCGCAGGGGCGAGGAGCGUCGCCAGCGACAAGCCAGGUGCGCAGCAAACCUCUUUGGCGGCAGCCAGUACCGCGGGCGCAGCUGCGGGGGGGGCGGCGAAGCUGUCUUGCGAACCGUGCGAGAAGGAGUUUACCACGGAGGCAGCCCGGCAGGCCCACCUGCAGUCCCACGUGCCGUGCCCGGAGAAGGGCUGCGGCUUCUCGGCGCUUAGGAAGAUCGUCAACAACCACCACGAGGCCAAGCACGGCCAGUUCAGCGGCUCCGGCUUUCAGAUGAUUGACGUAGAGGGGAAGAAGUUCCGAGUGCUGCUGGGAACUAGCCCCGACGAGGUGGCCGAGUGGAGGGCUGAGAGGAGGAAACGGUGGCCGACAGACGAGAAUAAGGCCAGGAAAGAGGAGGACGAAAAGAAGCGGAGAGCUCUCGGUGACUUGGGUCCGGACCCCGGUCCGGCGGGAAGAGGCCGAGGGAGAGGGCGUGGUAGGGGCAGGGGUCGCGAUAGAGGAGGCGGGGGUGGUAGGGGAGGCGCGUCGGCGCAAAGGGCAGCCCCAGGCCAAAAUGGCGCGGCCGUCUCAUCCGCCUGCGCCGCCGGCACGGCAGCCGGUGGCGGUGGUGGCGGUGCCGUUGUGGAUGGCGAGAGCGCAAGCAACGCCGGGGCGGAGGGUGGGAAACGCCCGCGCGAGGAGGACGGGGCGGGGAGUUCGUUAAAGGUGGCCAGGGUUGGCGAUGAGAGCGCGGUGGUGCAAGGGGAAGGGACGAGAAAGGUUGCGGGAGCAGGCGGUGGCAACAAGAGGUUGUGCACGUUCUAUCUCAAGGGUAGGUGCGACAAGGGCGAGGCGUGCACGUUCAGCCACGACGUCGAGCGAAAGAACUGCAGCUACUUCAUGAGCGGCCGUUGCCACCGGGGUAAGGGCUGCUUGUUCAUGCACGACCACGAGGCUAGGGAGAAGGCCAGGGCGGAGGCCGGAGACACCGCGGCCGAUGAGAAGCUGACGAAGGCGGAGAAAAGCGCCAAGAACAAGAAGGCGGCGGCGGAGGCGGCAGCGGUAUCGGCGGCGUCCAAGCCCACCCUCCUGCGCAAGCUUCUCGCCCCUCAGCUGCACCGAGAGAGCAGCAUCGCCCUCCAGGCCGUGCGGUUCAUCGUCCAGUCGAAAUUCUUCCAGGACGAUGCCGCCGCUGCCGGUGGCGCCAGCGCCUCCGCAGCUGCGCCGGAGACGGCUUCGGCGCCACCGUCCCCCUCUGCUGCUCCAGCUGGUGGUCCUGCUAGUGCUGGUGAUGAUACUGGCAAGCAAACCGGCGACCUGUCGACGUCGGGCCCGUCGGCUACUCCGGCUUGUGAUACUGUUGUUUCUGAGAGUGCUGGUGGUGCCGGCGAUGAUGCUGGCAAAGUGCUGUCGGCCUCGACGCCACCGGCCUCGUCUGCCGCUCCGGCUUUUGACUCUGCUGUUGGUGCUGGUGCCGGUGAGGGUACUGGCAGGGACGGUCUGUCGACCGAUGCAUCGGGUUCCCCCGCUCCUACCGAGGAGGAGAGAGAACCCGCUGUCGACGCUCCGGCGGCGGCGGCGGCAGCGGCGGAGGUAGCAGUGCCAUCAUCAAGAUCUGCUCCCUCCCCGACUCCUACGGCAGCCCCCCCCGCCAUCGCUAAGGAAGCCGCCUUGUCUGCGCCCACCGAUGGCUCGUAG